CCUAAAGACCCAAAGAGGUUCACAGACAUAAGUAACUUGCUUAAUCAAGAUCACACAUCUGUGCUGGGGGUGUAGGUCAGUGGUAGAGAGUUUGCCUAAAUGGGAUACAUGGAGUCGGAUCCCCAGCACCUGGUGGGGGGAAUCACAGCUAAAGGGAGGCAGGAUGAGGAUUUGAACCCAGACUCAUCCCAGACCCCAAAUGCCUAGUUGAAAUUGAGCCAAAAAGUAUGGGAUAAGGAAGAUCAUAUUUUUCUUCUUAUCCAUUUAUCAAACAAGAACACAGUACCUACUCUGUUGUCUCCUCUAUGCCAGCUCCUGUAUCAGGGAUUAUGGGAGAGAGAGAAUCAGUGAAACACGGUGUCUUCCUUCAGGGGUGGAUCUGUGUCCCAGGCAGGAAAGCUAUGCUGUGAGGCUCAAUGGAGCCUGCCACCACCUCAGUAGGAGCAUCCCCAGGAUGAGGCAACUUCAUGCCUUCCUGGGUCCAACCUAGGCUCCCUGUGUUGCUGUCAUCUGCUACCCCUACCACUGUCCCAGGUCUGCGGUUGUUCAGGGCUGACUUCCUACCAGCCCCUCUCUCCUGGCUUUCUCCCCUUUGUCCUCCCACCCCGACCCGAAGGGCACCCACAGACAGACUCCCUGGAAGGCCCAGCACCUGCGUCUCUCCACCCUUGGAGUUCUACCAGCUUGGCUCUGUCCUGGAGCUAGUGGGGAGAGCUUGGCCCCUUCCCAGAGGCAGGGGAGGAGGAGGGAGGCUGCGAUCGCAGGCUGGGGCUGGGUGUCGCAAUUCUGGGCCGAGCCGAGACCUUUGCUCCGCGAGUACUACUUCCCCGGGGCUCCGGGUCCCUCAGCUCAGCUCCAGUCGCCGGCUGGCCGCGCAGCCUCGGGACAGGGGACUGCACCAUCCUCCUCUCCCAGCAAGGGGGCUCCAGAGACUGCAGCCAGGAAGUCUGGUGGCCUGGGGAUUCGGACAGUGUCUUGGUAAUGUCCAGGGCUCCAGGAAGAGAUGUCCUUGUGGCUGGAGGCCCCUGUGCCUGAUGUUUCUCCUGAUUCUGCCGUGGAGCUGUGGGAUCCAGAUGUUCAAGAUGCAAGCAGCCAGGCUCGGGGAGGCCGCAGCUGCGUCCUUAGGGAGGAAGCCAGGGUGCCCCAAUCUGCUGAGGGGAUGGGGCUGGAGUCAGCAGAACCCACAGCCCUAUUCCCCAGGGCAGAGUCCCUUCCAGAGACCACAGAGCUCCGUCCACAAAAGCGGAAAAAAGGGCCAGCCCCCAAAAUGCUGGGGAACGAGCUGUGCAGUGUAUGUGGAGACAAGGCCUCUGGCUUCCACUACAACGUGCUGAGCUGCGAGGGUUGCAAGGGAUUCUUCCGCCGCAGUGUCAUCAAAGGAGCUCGCUAUGUCUGCCACAGUGGUGGCCACUGCCCCAUGGAUACCUACAUGCGUCGCAAGUGCCAGGAGUGUCGGCUUCGCAAAUGCCGCCAGGCAGGCAUGCGGGAAGAGUGUGUCCUUUCAGAAGAACAGAUCCGCCUGAAGAAACUGAAACGGCAAGAAGAGGAACAGGCUCAGGCCACAUCGGUGCCCCCGAGGGCCCCCUCACCUCCCCAAGUGCUCCCCCAGCUCAGUCCAGAGCAACUGGGCAUGAUCGAGAAGCUGGUCGCUGCCCAGCAACAGUGUAACAGGCGCUCUUUUUCAGACCGACUUCGUGUGACGCCUUGGCCCAUGGCCCCAGACCCCCAGAGCCGGGAGGCCCGUCAGCAGCGCUUUGCCCACUUCACUGAGCUGGCCAUCGUGUCUGUGCAAGAGAUCGUAGACUUUGCUAAACAGCUCCCAGGCUUCCUACAGCUCAGCAGAGAGGACCAGAUCGCCCUGCUGAAGACUUCUGCAAUUGAGGUGAUGCUUCUGGAAACUUCUCGGCGAUACAACCCUGGGAGCGAGAGCAUCACCUUCCUCAAGGAUUUCAGUUAUAACCGGGAAGAUUUUGCCAAAGCAGGGCUGCAGGUGGAGUUCAUCAACCCCAUCUUUGAGUUCUCCAGAGCCAUGAACGAGCUACAACUCAAUGAUGCUGAGUUUGCUUUGCUCAUUGCCAUCAGCAUAUUCUCUGCAGACCGGCCCAAUGUGCAGGACCAGCUCCAAGUAGAGAGGCUGCAACACACAUAUGUGGAGGCCCUGCAUGCUUACGUCUCCAUCCACCACCCCCAUGACCGACUAAUGUUCCCACGUAUGUUAAUGAAACUGGUGAGCCUCCGAACUCUGAGCAGUGUCCACUCAGAGCAAGUGUUUGCGCUGCGCCUGCAGGACAAAAAGCUUCCACCACUGCUCUCUGAGAUCUGGGAUGUGCAUGAAUGACUGUUCUUCCCCAUGUCUCCUGAGUUCUGGGCAGCACAGCUGAGGCCCCUUGGCUGCCUCCUGGAAGUGGAACAGAUUGAGAAGGGCAAACAUUCCUGGGUGUUGGGCGAAGGAGAUCCUCAUGUAGCAUUAAAGGAGAGUCAAAGGGU